AUGGUGCAUCAUAGUUCGGCGGCCCCCAGUUCAACCCCUGGGGGACAGACCACCUUGCGCUCCUCGAUCUAUCCACCAGAGUAUAUAUGGAAUUCCCUCUCUGACUCCCAGCGGGACUCAUUCAUCUCUACUGUGUCCACGUCCCUUGUUGCGGGAGACGGGCAGCGCAAGCGCCCACGUUUAGACCUCACUGCGGAAGAGGAUGCUGACGACGGUAGGGUCCCGUCUCUUGUUUUGCCAGUCCUCCCCCGUUUCCCUGGCCUCGAUCGUGCUGCUAUUAUAGCCGUUUUCGAGCACACCUUCCGACCAAAGAGGGACCUCAUAAAACUCCGUAGCCCUGAGUUCAAAGCCUCGGCACCGGAUGGCGAGUCUUUCGACUUAAAAUCCACAUCAUCUGGCCUGCAAUUCCGCAAGGUAGUCUCAAUCAAGGACUGGGGAAAUGACGCAUCCCUCUGGGCCCAUUGCUUCAGCAAUUACGUCGCUGUCUGGUGUGAUCUCUUCGCUCUCAAGCACCCGUUAUGCAUCAGUGGAAUGGUCCUCUUCCACUGCCGCAUUUGUGACCUUGCCAGGGUAUAUAAAUGGCAGGACUGUAUCCUGCAAAUGGCCCUGGACCACCACCAGAUGGUCGUCGAUAAAGGUGACCUCACCGUUUCUCUUACUGACUGGGAAAUUGGGAAAGCCCUCGAAAGCUCCUACCUUCACCCAGACAAGUGCUCCCAGCAAAGACGGCGCCAGCUACCCCAACUACGCGGUCAACGCGCUCGACCGCUGCCCCAAAUAACGAUACUGUCGUUUGUGAAAAGUUCAACUCUUCUGCUGGCUGCCACUGGCGAAUAUGUUACCGAAGACACGUCUGCUCUAAGUGCGGCAACGACAAUUCUAUGA